CCGUUACAGCGCGUGCUCUGCUUUCUGUAACAGACGGUGAUGCUCGAGAACAACAUUCCAAUUGCGUGCACCAUACGAAGUGCGUCACAGAACGAGACGAAGCGGCAGUCUUCUUCACCAAUGCAUAACAAUCUUCUUGUAGCCUAUCAGCUACUUCCGUCAUCUCCUCGCAAUCUUCUAUUUGCCAAUGAGUUUCGACUUGUUUGUUAUUGGUUGUUCUAGUCUAUUGUAAUAUCUUCUGUGUUCGAAGACAAAGUAAAUGCUCGCGUUACGCCCUCUCGAUUAUUUCAUCGACCGCGCGUCUUGAGCUAAGAACGAACGCUCUUCUCGCUCUAGCACCAGCUCUCGCUGGACUCGUGCAUCAGGCGCUACUAGCCCUUCACGGAAAUCCGGUGGAACUCACUACAAGCAACAAGUGUAGCCGAGAUUUGAUUGUUCACUCUACAUGAUUGUUCCAAAAAUGUCUUCAAAGCGGAAGAAUCAUCCCACAAAGCUUUCAACGGAUGUACUAAAUCAUAACAAUGAGGUCGCCCCAUUAAAUAAUGAAAAUGGUGACGACAAUUCUGGAAGAGAUGCUGACGAUGAUGACUAUGACUCAUCUGCAAAUUCCCCAGAUAUUCCAGAUAACACCAAUCCAAAUCGGAAUUCUGAACUUCUUCAGAGGCUGAGUUACUCUAAACACGAAAACGGACCACAGGAUUCAAAAAGGGGAUCUCGGGAUGACACCGAAAUUGAUUCGUGCGACAGUGGAAUAAGGGACUUUGACUCAAAACCAACUUCCAGGCUGCUGCACAACCGAAAGCGACGACUUUUACAAAGUGUUUCUUCAGAGACCACAACAGAUUCAGAAUGUGACUCCGAAGGUGGGCAUAGCAUUGUUGAAGGAGGAAGUCAUGGACCUUCAGAGACAAGCCAGUCACCCCAACCAUCUCCCACUCUAGAGGGGUUGCGGCCAACUAAUGGACCCCAUGGAAAGCGCUCAAUGGACGAUGUUUUGAAGCGACUUGCUUCGAAGAUGAACACGAGUGCUACACUGAAUGACCAGACUACAGAAUCCAAUAUUUUAAACAACUGCCACAAAAGUAUUACCAACGCUGGUUCCAAACGAUCGGACUCCAUUCCUCAAACCUCUGUGGUGAAAGGCCAAGACCGCUUUCUAACUCAACCUGGCAGAGAAGUCAUUCAAACAACUUUAGCUGAUGAAUCUUUGAAUGAAAAAGAACGCCGUCUGAACGAUAUGAUAAACCAGCUUCAAGAACUCAGAGAGCAGCUCUUAAGCCAACAGAAGUUAAUUAACCAGUUUGAUGCUGAAAGUAGCGAGGAGAACGAUAAAAUUCAACAGUGGCAACAGGAACAAAUCCAUCGCCAACAGCAACAGUUAGUCCAACAACAACAAAAAAUCCUGGAACUCCAGUCUUCUUUAUCUACGCUCCAACCAUGGGUGUCUGGAAAUGCGUUUAUGGGCUCUAUGUCAAGUAGCCCUUUGACCCCUAAUCGUCUCGGAUCAGGAGAUCCUAGCCCCACGUGUGGAAAGGUACCUAACAGAACCCCUACCCCAGGGAUCUCUGAUCCUGCUCCUGGUAUGGAAGGUCCGCUCAAUCUCACUAAACCCAAGACAUCAGGUAGCAAAAGUAACAGGUUCGUAGCUUCUGGUUUUUUGUUGUUGUUCUUUUGA